CUUUCUCGAGCACCAUUCACAAAUAACUUAAGUCUCAAUUCAUAAAGCACUCCAUGAAGAUGAACAACGUCUUCAUUGUGCCUCACGAAGAAGAUUAACCCUAGCUAUCCCUAACCCUGUCUUCAUUGUGCCUCACUGUACCCUAACCCUCUCUUCAUUGUGCUCACGAAGAACCCCUAACCGCCACGAAGAGCCCCUAACAGCACUCUGCGAAGAACGUCGCCGGUCGCCGGCGCUCGCAAUGCCUCCGUCGAAGAACCCCUAACCGCGACGAAGAACCCCUAACCCUCCUUUGAGUUUCUUCGCUCUUCUCUCGCCACUCUCACCCUCAAGCUCACUGAGUCUCACCUCUCUCACGGCUGGUCUCGCUGUCGACCUCUCUCUAUCUCUCCGGUAUAUCGCUUCUCUCGCGGGCGUUCCAGACUCAAGGUCGUCGCGCUCUGUUUCCGUCGCUGCUCUAUCGCGCUCUGUCGCAAGCGAAUCGAUGGAAUUCGACCCGAUCCCAAUCGGUUCCUGCUCCAAAGAGAACCAGAGCAUCUACCAGCAGUUGUUUAAAUUACGCCAAUUCAGUAUACAAAAUUAAUUGAAGAAGAAAAGCUUGAUUGAAGACACUGUGAUAGUCAAGUUCAAAUAAAGAGAAUGUGACUAUGAUGAGCACUGGGGUCAUCCUUGCAAUUGGAUUUCAGAUGUCAGGUUGGCCCUCAUACAACUUCAGUUUCCCAAUUGAAAAAUGUGUGGAGAUAGUCAAAUGGAUGCACUUAUAUGGUAUAGCUGGCUUGGAGGAAUUAUCAUUGGGACAAUGAUUGGUGCUAACAUGGUUUUGGAGGAACAUUGUCAUGCUGGUCCACAUAAUGUUGUAAUAACUGGCAGAUAAGAGAGAUUCGCCAGAAAUAUGAUAUGGUGACCUACCUGUUGGAGUAUAUUGACUAUCCUGACCAAAUUCCAUUUGGCGAGGGGAUGUCUGAUGUAGCUUCAAGCAGGGACCUGCGCCUUUCAUUGGAUUGGUGUCCGGAAAAGGGUUGGACAGUGCCUAUGCCCACUGCUCUAGCCUACUUUUGUGAGGUUUUGAUGUCUAUUGGAGGUGUUCUUCCAGAACCCAUGAAAUACACUGCCAGAACCGGAGAGAAUAGUCCAAGAUCUUCUGGUACCUCACUGCUUAGGACUCUCAGAAUUCAGUCUUUGGGAAAGCUGAAUCCAAUUGAUUUGAAGCGCUUGUCUUUCCAUAUGUCACCACCCCACAAGGCAACUCAAAACAAGAAGAUUAAUGAGGAACUAGACAGAGAAAUGGAAGUGGAUCACAAAGAUGGAAAAGCUGAAAAGGAUGACGCACUAGAGUCAUAGCUGAUAGUUUUAGUAUGGUUGAACAAUAUACUGAGAAUUAUAGUUGAUGUAUCUAUAUACUUUAUU